GUGAAAUAUUACACCUGAACAGAUACCGUGAAUUCCAUCCAAAGCAGCUUCCAAGAUAAUGUUACUCUGUACAUUUUGCUGCUUGCCUCAACAGUCAACUUGUAUGUCACAAUGUCCAUGCAGUGACAUGGUCAGAACGUCAACAUACAACUAAGCAUUGACUUAGCAGCCAUGCAAGAUAUGAUCUUGAUAUCUUUACCCAAAACGCAAACUGCUGGACGCAGGCAUCCUCCAAAAUGAAAACGCUCUUCAGCUCCCUCCUCCUCCUUACGCAAGCUCACCCAUCUCUCACCUACAAACCCCUCUCCGACCAUACCCUCAAGCAUCUCAUCUCCCCAAGCAUCGACCCGACUACCUCCUCGACGUAUCCGGACCCGGACUUCGACCCCGUCACCGGCGCGCUCCUGUCCCCCAUCCUCGUCCCCCGGGUCCCCGGCACCCCCAACCACGCACGCGUGCAAGAGCACUUCAUCUCUUUCAUCCGCACCUACCUUGACCCAUCCUGGACCGUCGAAUGGCACAACACGACGGCCACCACGCCCGCGACCGGCGCGAGGGGGGUUCCGUUCCAGAACCUGAUCCUGCGGCGCGAUCCGCCGUGGAUUCGGGCCAGGGGCGCGGAGGGCGAAGGAGAGGUGGCGCGGCUCACGCUGGCGGCGCACUACGAUAGCCUGUACCAGCCGGAGGGUUUCAUCGGGGCGGUGGACAGCGCGGUGCCGUGCGCGCUGCUUCUCUUCGUUGCGCGGGCGGUGGAUCGGGCUUUGACGAGGCGGUGGGAGAGCAUGGGCAUGGAUCAUGAUGCUGAGGAGGGAUUGGAGGAGGAGAAAGGGGUGCAGAUUCUGUUGCUGGACGGGGAGGAGGCGUGGGAGCGGUGGAGUGAUGAGGAUAGCUUGUAUGGGUCGAGAGCGUUGGCAGAAGCCUGGGAGAACACCAGAUACGAAGCGGGGAGUAACUUUGCUACGCCGCUCGAGGCUAUCAGCCUGUUUGUGUUGCUGGAUCUGCUGGGAGCGCCAGAGCCCAACAUUCCGUCGUACUUCCCGACAACUCACUGGGCAUAUCAGAACCUGGCACGGGCUGAGGAGAGAUUGCGGAAGCUGGGCGUGCUGGAGACGAGACCGACGAAACCCUUCUUGGCGGAGGGCGAGAAGGAAACGGUGCACUUCUAUCGGGGUUAUGUGCAGGACGACCAUGUCCCGUUCAUGCAGAGGGGGGUUCACGUUCUACACAUUAUCCCCACACCAUUUCCACCCGUGUGGCACACCAUGGACGACGACGGGGCGCACCUCGAUGUGCCCACCAUCAGGGACUGGGCGAGGAUCAUGACUGCGUUUGUGGCUGAAUGGAUGGACCUGGAGGACUAUAUGCCGGUGGCAGUGGGGAAACCAGAGAGCAGAUUUUAUGAGAAGGAAGAGUUAUAGUUAGACACCUGUGGGCUGUGGCUGAUAUGUCGGCCUGGAAUCUGGAUAUCCUGUUUGUUGACAUCAGACUAUGCAUCCCCUGUCGUCGAGCAGAGCUUUUGUCUUCUCAAUCAGAAUCUAGAACCCGUUAGGUAGAUAUAAUCUUGAAGCUUGGAUUAGUCAUUAGA